CCAAAGAGAGAGAGAGAGAGAAAAAAAAAAAGAGGGACAAAAAGAGAGACCUUUACCUGACCGUUGGUGCGACGACGCUUUGGGAAGACCUACAAAACCAGCGUCGUCUUUAGACAACCACCUUCUUCAUUCUCACCCCCAAAAUCAAAAUUACCCAUUCAAUAUUUUUAAUUAUAAAUAUAUUCUUAUUCAAUUUCAUAACCUUUCUCUCUAUCAAUAUAUUUGAAUGAAUGUUAGCUUUAUAGCUCUUCAAGUUGUAGAUCUCUUUCAACAACCCUAUUCUUCUUUCAGUGGUCAUACAUCAAAGCUCGAUAUGCAUGGUACUGCAAAGAAAUUAACCUUCCAAGAAUCUAGCAGAUCUUGUUAUUCCAAGACAGAAUCUGGGUCUAAGCUGAUUGCAUCAUUCAAGUUAAAAAAGGGUAGCAAAAUAUCCGAUGGCAAGAAACACAAACCAAAAUCAAAAUCUCAUGUAAACACAGUUGGUCCAAAUCUUUCAAAGAGGACAGUUACUGAGUCUGUAGGCAGGGGGCCCAAGAAUGAUUCCAUAAGUAGAAAAUUUGUGAGUAAAAAAAUUCUGCAUAAAGCCCUUGAUACAAAGUCUUCCAAGAAGCAGUCUUCAUUGAAGCUUCAAGGUGGAAAACCCUCGCUUAAUAGCUCUGAGGGAAAUGGAAAAAAUGCUGAUGGGGGGGUCAAAAUUACUAAUCUUAAGAAGAGGAAGAAGAGAAGGCAAAAGGAUACUGUGGAGCUGGAUGAAGCUUCUCGUUUGAAGAGGAGAACAAGGUACUUGUUGAUUAAAAUGAAGCUGGAGCAGAACCUUAUUGAUGCUUACUCUGGGGAAGGUUGGAAAGGUCAGAGUCGAGAAAAGAUUAAGCCAGAAAAGGAACUGCAACGAGCCAAGAAGCAGAUAUUGAAGUGUAAACUUGGAAUACGUGAUGCAAUUCGUCAGCUGGAUUCACUUAGUUCAGAAGGAUGCAUUGAAGAUUCUGUCAUUGCUCCAGAUGGAUCUGUAUACCAUGAACAUAUAUUCUGUGCAAAGUGCAAGUUGCGUGAAGCUUUCCCAGAUAAUGAUAUUAUACUUUGUGAUGGGACAUGUAACUGUGCUUUCCACCAAAAAUGCCUUGACCCUCCAUUGGAUACUGACAAUAUUCCUCCAGGUGAUCAAGGUUGGUUUUGCAAAUUUUGUGAGUGUAAGAUGGAAAUUCUAGAAGCAAUGAAUGCCCAUCUUGGGACCCACUUCUCCAUGAACAGUAUUUGGCAGGAUAUAUUCAAGGAAGAGGCUGCUUUCCCUGAUGGUGGGAAUGCAUUACUAGAUCCAGCAGAAGAAUGGCCCUCAGAUGAUUCUGACGAUGAUGAUUAUAAUCCAGAGAGGAGGGAAAACAGUUGCACGAUCAGUGGGGCAGAAGCUGAUGAAAAUGCAUCAGAUGACACCGGCAGUUCUACUAGCCUGAGCUGGUCUUUAGAUGGUGAAGUUUUUUCUGGAAAGGAGAGCAUGGGCUGUGAAAACCAUUUUGCUAAUACCAGUUUAGAUUCUGAUGAAUCCACAGAGGGUGAAAUCAUAUGUGGCCCUAGGCAGCGAAGAACCGUUGACUAUAAAAAGUUAUAUGAUGAAAUGUUUGGAAAGGAUGCUCCUCCAUAUGAACAAGUGAGUGAAGAUGAAGACUGGGGUCCUGCUAAAAGAAAGCGGAGAGAAAAGGAAUCUGAUGCAGCCAGUACUCUUAUGACACUGUAUGAAAGUGAGAAAAAGUGUUCAAAUUCUGACACCCGAGAGGUGAAAAAGAAACGUCCUCUAGAAACAUCAACUAGAAGGGCAUUUUUUAGAAUACCUCGCAAUGCAGUAGAGAAGCUUCGUCAAGUCUUCACUGAGAAUGAGCUUCCACCUAGAGCUGUCAAGGAGGAUCUUUCAAAGGAGUUGGGCCUUGAUCCUGAGAAGGUUAGCAAAUGGUUCAAAAAUGCCCGGUACUUAGCACUUAAAUCCAGAAAGGGAGAGAUUGGAACGCAACUUCAUAGUUUUAAGGAAUCCAGAUUAGAAAAUGUAGAGAAAAGCGCUACCAAUGUUGAGGCAUCAGAGGGUACCUCUGCAGAGAUUAUGGUUCAUAUGCCAAAGAACGUUAAAAACCAGAGAAAGCGCUUGAAGUCAUUAACCGGAACUUUAAAGAAAAAACAGCAUAUAAGAUCUUCACUAGGGUCACAUUCAAAUGGCAACAAGGAUAUAGUGGAGUUCAGCGAUGAUGUGAGCUUGAAGAAGCUUUUAAAAGCAAGAACUAAGGAGAGGAAGAGGAUCAAUGUGAUGGCUGGAGGUGGUGGAUUUCAAGUGGCAGAGAUGGAAAUGGAAAGACUUUGCGAAGUUAAGGAUAGACUAGAGACCAUAAAGCAGAAACUACUAAGACUUCAAAAUGACAAAGCUAAGAAUUCAGAUAGAUGUCAUUUGUUUCAACUGAAUGUGAUUUAUGUUCCCGUAGCAGAACUGAGGGAAAAAGUUUGAUCCUGUGCAAUGUAUUGAAUUUUUUUUUUUUUUGGCAGUGCCUUUAGUUUUAGUUGUAGCAAGUUGAAGCAUACAUCCAGAAGUCAAGUGUAUACAUAUCUUCUUCUGGUUCACAAGUAAAUAUUUACUUUACAUGA